AUUCUUAUUAGGAAGCAAACAUUGUAUUGACUGGCAACGUGGACAUUUUCGGAGAUUCAUUUUUUAUUCAAAGACUAUUGAUUCUCUGUCCUACACUGCAUGCUGUUGUCUCGCAGGCUGAGGCUGGGGGCUGGGGCCGCCUUGUGGGUGAUUGGCCUCGCCAAUGAUUAAUUUAGAUGAGCACCGACUUCAUUUGAAGCUAGGAGUACGGCUUUUCCAAUCCACGCCGCCACAAAAAAACAAAAACAGAUGGAGUCUUGAAUCUACAACUUUAACGAAGCUAUUUUUGUUGACUAGUUAAUCCUUUCCAGUAUUUGUGAAUCUUUCCUGAAUCGGAGAAAACAGUGAACCAAUCCUCGAGUCUCAUUGUCUCUCUCUUUGUGUUGGAUAUAUCCGCUCUUCGACUUACGACACCGUUCGACAGGCUGACUUAGAGUUGUGCGAUAUUUCAGAACCAAAAAACUGGCAGUUGGAGGAUAUCAACAUAAUGCCUCUUCGGUUUUUACAAAAAUGGCCCCAGACUUUGGGAUUCGAUAUUUUUGGCAGAGGACCCAGCUAUGUUGUUUCUGUGGAGAAGGGAACCCCGGCCUAUAAGGCUGGGCUCAUGCCGGGGGACCAGAUCCUAGAACUGAACGGGCGAGAUGUCACAGACAUGUCAGCAGAUCAGAUCAAAGUUCUGGCAAAAUCCUCACACACUAAAUCCCCCGAGUUGGAGGUUGUUUCUUGUCUCCAGACUAUCAUCAUGGAGCCUGACGUACCCAUAGGAUAUGGGUUCAACGUCCUCAAUGAGAAACCAUUGAGAGUAGGAGCUGUGAGCUAUGAGGGGCCGGCCUAUGGAGUGGGUCUAAGAGCUGGUGACGUCAUAUUAGAAGUAAACAGUCGAUCUUCAGUCAGCGCCGAGGCGAUUGGAGCGAUCCUUUCGAAAUGCCACGGAAAGCUCACUCUGUUAAUUAUACCAAUGGGAAGAGCAAGUAAUUUGAUACAGGUGGAUAAAACAUUGUCAAAGAUUCCGUCCCCUGACCCCAGACUGCACAAGGCUCGUGCUUUGCACACCAGGGUAGGUUACUUGGAAUGA